UAUAAACAUUACACAGUACUCCGUACUACCUAAACACCAGCUGUGUUCCCACUUUUUACUUGCUCUUUAAGUUGUGUUUCGUAGACAUGCUGAAGACUCCAGCUUUGAAUAUUUGAAUUUCUGUCUUGGGAGAAAUCUGGAUGACUCGUUUGCCGGAUAUGUACAGAGCUAAUUUGAUCGGGUUCGUGUUGGCCGUGGCUUCCAGCGUCUUCAUUGGGUCCAGCUUCAUAAUCAAGAAGAAAGGACUCCAGAGAGCCGGUGCCUCCGGCUCUCGAGCCGGUUGUGGAGGGUAUGGUUAUCUACGUGAGCCACUUUGGUGGAUUGGAAUGAUCACUAUGGUUAUUGGAGAAUUUGCCAACUUUGUAGCUUAUAUUUUUGCACCAGCUGUGCUUGUUACACCACUGGGUGCUUUAAGUAUAAUUGUUAGUGCUGUCCUAGCUCAUCUAUUACUGAAGGAAAAAUUGCAGAACUUGGGAGUAAUAGGAUGCAUUUUAUGUGUGGUGGGUUCUACAGUAAUUGUCCUUCAUGCACCAGGUGAACAUGGUAUUAGUUCAGUGGAUGAGAUAUGGGAUUUAGCUACACAACCAGCUUUUCUUUUAUAUACUGCGGCCUCAAUAACAAUAGUAUUGGUACUGGCGUUAUAUUGCGAGCCACGCUAUGGUCAAACACACGUUAUGGUUUAUAUUGGCAUCUGUUCGAUAGUAGGAUCAUUGACGGUGAUGAGUAUCAAAGCAGUAGGCAUUGCAAUAAAGCUUACUCUGGAAGGCUCUAGUCAAGUUGCACACCUGCAGACAUGGGUUUUUGUAAUGGUUUCAGUUCUGUGCAUAAUCUCUCAGCUGAACUAUUUAAACAAGGCUUUGGACACAUUUAACGCAGCUGUUGUUUCCCCAAUCUAUUACGCAAUGUUCACGUCACUCACAAUUGUAGCCAGUGCCAUAAUGUUUAAGGAUUGGUCUGGUCAGAGUGCUGGCAACAUCGUUUCAGUGCUCUGUGGGUUUUUAACAGUGCUUUCGGGUACUUUGGUUCUUCACUGCACUAGAGAUCCUGACCUUCCUGAUUUGUACACACCAAUUUCUCCUCAAAUAUCAUGGGUGGUGCAUGCAAACGGUGAGAUAUGGAAGCAUAAGGAUAAUGAGCUCCAACCUGAAUUUGUUGCAAUAAUACGCCAGGAUCAUUUUAAGUUUUUGGGUUAGUUUCCAUUCCAUGAAGCUCACUGCUUGAAGAGGGAAGAUGCUUAGUUCAUUUUCUUCUUCCAUCGAAUUACCAAGCUACUCAAGGUUCUCUUUGUUCUUCAUGUGCCUUUCUAUGUAAUGGUUUCUGUUUUCAAAAGUUGUGUUUCCCCAAAGGUGCCCAUUUGAUUAGGUUGGGUAGGAUAUUCGUGUAGAUGUUAAUAUUCCUCAUUGGUUCACAGAUCUGUAAUUCUUUCUGCAACAACAGCGGUUUGUUAAUUUUUGUAAAUGAUUUGGUGUUGAUGUUGCUAAUAUGUCAUGGUAAGAGUUGUGUAACAGUGUAACCUUAUCAUUCAUUUGAGUGAAUAGAAAUGCACACUUUGCC